UUUGCAAAAUUCAAGCGCUUUAGCGACACUGAUUGAUUUCGACAUGGAAAAGUUGACCUACCUGAGUGGGUUUGGGAACGAGUUCUCCACAGAAGAUCCCAGGUGUCCAGGGGCCUUACCUGUCGGACAGAAUAAUCCCCAGAAGUGCGCCUAUGGAUUAUACGCAGAGCAGUUGUCUGGUAGUGCCUUCACAGCCCCCAGAGAAACCAACAAACGAAGCUGGUUAUACAGGAUCCGCCCCUCUGCCCUGCAUCACCCCUUCAAGAAGACCGACCGAGGACUGAUUACACACAACUGGGAUGACAUUCCCCCAAAUCCUAACCAGAUGAGGUGGCAUCCAUUUGAUCUGCCAAAAGGAAAGAAGGAUUUUGUCCAGGGAUUGACAACAAUCUGCGGGGCGGGGGACCCCAAAGGUCGGCAUGGUGUGUGUAUCUAUGUGUACACCUGUAACACCUCCAUGGCAGAAGACAGAUGCAUGUAUAACUCAGAUGGAGACUUUCUUAUAGUUCCACAGCAAGGCCCCCUGCUCAUCACCACAGAGUUUGGUAGAAUGAAAGUCGACCCGAACGAGAUUUGUGUCAUUCAACAAGGCAUGCGGUUCAGUGUGGAUGUGGAGGGGCCCUCUAGGGGGUACGUUCUGGAGGUGUUUGACGGACAUUUCACUCUCCCUUGUCUGGGCCCCAUAGGAGCUAACGGCCUGGCCAACCCCCGGGACUUCCUGACCCCUGUCGCUUGGUUCGAGGACAGGGAGGUCAAACAGUUCACUGUCAUCAGCAAAUACCAAGGACACCUGUUCUCAGCCACACAGACCCACUCUCCGUUUGACGUGGUGGCCUGGCAUGGGAACUACUCACCGUACAAGUACAACCUGAGUCACUUCGUGACGGUCAACACGGUCUCUGUGGAUCACAUGGACCCCUCAAUCUUCACAGUACUAACCUGUCAAUCAACCAAGCCGGGCGUGGCCAUCGCUGACUUUGUUAUAUUUCCUCCACGGUGGGGUGUGGCAGACAAGACAUUCAGACCCCCCUACUACCACAGAAACUGUAUGAGUGAGUUCAUGGGUCUGAUACAUGGGUCGUACGAAGCCAAGGAGGAGGGAUUCCGUCCAGGGGGCGCUACUCUUCACAGCAUGAUGACCCCGCACGGACCAGACGCAGACUGUUUCGAGAAGGCAUCCAACUGUGACCUGAAGCCUCAAAGGGUGGCCGAGGGAACCAUGGCUUUCAUGUUUGAGUCCUCACUCAGCAUGGCGGUGACAAAAUGGGCCAAUGAGAAUAAAGUGGACGAUACUUACUUCAGCUGCUGGCAGCCUCUCAAAAAACACUUCACAGGGAAACGGGGUGAUGAUGAGAUCGAUAAUACAAAUAAUGGUGAUGGUCCUAGCAAAGGGAAAAAGAAGAAGACAAAAUAAAGAAUUCAAGAGGAUGGGAGGAGAGAAGGGGCUCAUGAAGGGAAGAAGAAAAAGACAAAGAAUUCAAGAGGAUGGGAGGAGGGAAGGGGCUCAUGAAGGGAAGAAGAAAAAAACAAAGAAUUCAAGAGGAUGGGAGGAGGGGAGGGGGCUUGUAAAGGGAAGAAGAAGAUGAGAAAGAAGAAGACAAAUUAUACAAAGAAUUCAAGAACAUUGGGGGGGGGGGUUCAGGGAGGGACUGAUGUUGUAUAAACAAUGCGUACAAUCGCUGAAGAACAGUUUCAGUUGAAUAACAAAGUAUAAUGAUCUCAUCACAAGUGUACCUGUGUAUCCCAGAUAUUCCUUGUUCUCUAUCAAAGUCAGAAGUCAUCAUGCAUAUAACCAGUAUUACUGAUGAUCACUGUGCCAUCACUGUGAAUCAGAGACAUAAAUAACACAAAACACGCUAAUGGCGGAGUUGCCAAUCUCUGUUAUUUAUGUCUCUAAUUGUUAUUGAAUCUCAUAAUUAUUUGUUUUGAUUUUUAUGUAUGAACCCUUACUAUUAAACAGUAUCUAUAUAAGAUAAUAACACAUGCUGUGUAAAUACUAUUAUAUACUGAGGAAUCAUUAGAUUUCGAGGUGGCUCAAUUUUUGUGGUAUUCGUGGGAAGCCUUUCCCCGCGAAUUUUACAUCCUCAACGAAAACAAAUUUUUAAAGUGUUAGUUUUCUUCUUGAAAUUGAAAACUGGUGCAUCCACGAAAUUACAUCCCCAUAAAUAAGCAAUAAUCCUACAAUCCACGAAAAUUGACCCC